GCUCUCCACGUCGACUCUCCUUGACGACAACGUCGUCCGGUCGCCUGCCUAUUGCUCUCAUGCCACUGUCCUAGGCCAUCGAUAAAUCUGUGGGCGGCAGACCUUCAUAGACACUAGGACACGAGAUUCCAUCAAUAUCCCCAACCAGAACCCCUGGACAGCAUAACAAAGAAACGUUCGAAGACAGAUUUUCCACGUCAACAUGGCAAAUAAACACAUAUUUGGGCCCAAUUACUCGAAUUUCGACACUUCCUACCGGUAUGAGACCUCGUGGUUGUUUUCGCCUACGGUCCUCUUUAUCAUCCGCGGUUUUCUGUCGUUGUAUGCCUUCACCACGAUUUUCACUAUCUUUGGUUACAAUGGCGCCAAUGGUCUUUCAGAGAACUCAGAGCGAUCCUUCUCAUACUUCACGAACUUGACUUAUUGGGGCCUUGCCUUCUACUUUCUGUUCGCAGCUCUGCAUUCCGGCAGCUAUGCAUUUACAGGGACACCGCUCCUAGCUCGUUGGCCGAAGGUACUGCAGAUUGCGCAUGGGAUGUUCUAUUCGACUAUAGUUGUCUAUCCGUGGAUUGUAACGAUUGUCUUCUGGGCACUCCUCUAUAGCAGCUUCGACUCACCCUUCUCAACCUGGACAAACACAUCACAACACGCUCUUAAUGCCGUCUACGCACUGUUCGAGAUUAUCUUCCCCCGCACCGAUCCUUUGCCUUUCAUCGACCUUGUACCAGUUGUCGUCAUCCUCGCUUUGUAUCUCGGCCUGGCCUACGUGACCCACGCUACACAAGGAUUCUACGUCUACAGUUUCCUGGAUAACACGAAAAAUUCGUCUGGGGUGGUUGCUGGAUACAUCGUCGGAAUCCUGGUUGGCAGCGUCAUUAUCUUCAUUAUCGUGCGGUAUCUCAUCGUUUUCCGGAUCUGGGUGACGGAGAAGAAGCUUGGAAUGACGGGGAAGUUUUCAUGCCGCGGCGUCUCAAGGGCUGUGGAGGCCGACGCGGAGAAAGGGUUGAACCGACCCAGUGCGGAGGCAGAGGUUCAUUGAGAUUCGAUUGCGCUCAACUUUCUGAGCGAGUCCUUUAUUGUUGUUCGAUAUCCCCUCAUCCCGUUGCGUUCUAUAUACUUUGAUUAGAAUGUAGGUAAUGUCCUCUGAUUUCAACUUCCGGCGACCCUGGCGGUUGACAAAAUUGUUACAUCCGAACCUAAACCUCCCAGGUCUCUUUUAUAGAGGGCUAGAGUUGUCGUAGUAUUCUUAUUCGUAUAAUGCAGAUACUCUCUAGUCUCC